GCGGCGGCGCCGGGCAGAUGCGGCGGAUCGCGGGGCGGCUGUGGCCCGCAGCGGGCUCCCGUCCCCCCGCCGCCCCGAUGGACGGCAGCGGGGGCAGCAGCAGCAGCAGCCGCGCGUAGCUCGGAAGGCAUGCCCCAAACGCUGAGUUCUACCAGCAUGUUUACCCCAUGUGGCUUCAGCCCUCAUCUACAUACUUCAAAAGAAGGUGAACAAGGAGGACUGAUCUUCCAGGAUGGAAACCUUACCUCAGCAUCUCUGGAUGCUCUGAUCCAGCAUCUGAUACCUACCACUGAUUACUACCCUGAAAAAGCCUAUAUCUUUACAUUCCUGCUGAGUUCCAGACUCUUCAUCGAACCCCAUGAGCUUUUGUCCCGAGUUUGUCACAAGUGCAUUGAGCAGCAGCGGCUGGAUGACCCCGUGCUGGACAAGGCUCGAAUCAGAAAAUUUGGACCCAAAAUCUUACAGUUGCUGACAGAGUGGACAGAGACAUUCCCGUAUGACUUCCAGGAAGAGCGGAUGAUUGGGCAUCUCAAAGACAUGAUUCACAGGAUAGCUCCAUGUGAUGAGGCUUACUGGAAAAAGAUGAAUCAGCUCUUGCAAGCCCUGAAUCAGAAGCUUGCAACCCUCAGCCAUGGGCAAGAAGGGAUUGUCAAGAUCAGUACUGCUGUCUCUGAUAAGCUGGUUGCCUUUAAAACUAAACCUCCAUCAAUUCAGAGAGAAAUCCUGAGUGUCUGCAGCGACCCUUACACCCUGGCUCAGCAGCUGACACAUGUGGAGCUGGAAAGACUAAGUCACAUUGGACCUGAGGAGUUUGUGCAGGCAUUUGUACAUAAGGACCCUCUGGAUGGCACCAAGACUUGUUUCAGUGAACAGAAGAAGACGAGUAACCUUGAGGCCUAUGUGAAAUGGUUCAAUAGACUCUGCUAUCUUGUAGCAACAGAAAUUUGCAUGCCUGCAAAAAAGAAACAGCGAGCACAAGUCAUCGAAUUCUUCAUUGACGUUGCCCGAGAGUGCUUUAACAUAGGGAAUUUUAAUUCACUGAUGGCAAUCAUUUCUGGAAUGAAUAUGAGUCCAGUUUCCAGGCUAAAGAAGACUUGGUCAAAAGUGAAAACAGCCAAAUUUUUCAUUCUGGAGCACCAGAUGGACCCUACUGGCAACUUCUACAACUACCGGACAGCGCUGCGGGGAGCUGCCCACAGGUCCCUCACCGCGCACAGCAACCGGGAGAAGAUUGUGAUCCCCUUCUUCAGCCUAUUGAUCAAAGACAUUUAUUUUUUGAAUGAGGGAUGUGCUAAUCGCCUUCCAAAUGGACACGUCAACUUUGAAAAGUUCCUGGAACUGGCUAAGCAAGUAGGAGAGUUUAUAACAUGGAAACAAGUGGAGUGUCCAUUUGAGCAAGACCCUAACAUCAUCCACUACUUGCACACGGCUCCCAUUUUUACUGAAGAUGGUUUGUAUCUGGCUUCCUAUGAAAGUGAAAGUCCGGAGAACCAGACAGAAAAAGACAGGUGGAAAUCCUUAAGAUCCACUAUCUUAGGAAAGACUUGAAGAUUGAGAGGUUAUUGCAGUAGGUCAAGGAAAAGAAAUCCGCAAACAUUUUGCACUACUGAUUCCAAAGAUGCCUGUUUGGGAUUUAGACAAUUUCUUUUGUUUGAGUUUUUUUGUUGGGUUUUUUUUGACUGCCUAACAUGAUGGAUGAACUGGAUUCAUCCACUGAAAUCAACAGAACUGUGUGCACAAUGAUGCUUUUCUAACUAUGAGACAGAGAGAGGAAGGACAAACAGACUAUUUGUGGCUGUGCCCAAACUGCGUCAGGAUCACUGUAAUUUUGCCUCUGAAGGAAAAUGCAAGAAAACCAGGAGCAGGGAGAAUGAUGGCACUGCAACAGAGAAUGGAAAAGUAUAAAAAACGGAAAGCAAAAAUACACAAGAGUAUUUCAGAAGCAGGUGCUUCAGACAGCAGUUCUUUAAACCUUUGAGGAUUGUAAAAUUAAAUCAAAGACAGACAACAGCAAUCUGGUUAAUUGCUGAAUGAAGAAAAAAAAGAACUUAACCGUGCAUCAGCAGUCCCCCAGCCUUGUUGAACAAAGCAUUGACUGCUGCAGGUUGGAGCUUGCAGGGAUGAGGACUGGCACCACUCACACACACGUCUGUCACAUGUAGGCCACGUCAGCAUGGGAACAUUGUCCUGAUCCCAUGGAUUUUUACAGAACAGGAGUGUGGCUCUUGCUUAGUUUAUCUUCCCACCACUGUUGUUGCUUUCCUUACUGUGAAUCUGGGCCGGUCUAAGGAAGGCACAGAGGGUUGAUGGUGCUGCUUGAAGACACCACCACCACUUCUGAGACUGAAUGAAGAAGCAAAUGACUCUGGACUCAACUUGCCUCUAUUUAAUGUAUGUAGUGUAUUCCCUAAAUUUAUUGAUGCCGAGUUGCAUCUUUUAAGGGGUUUUAUCACAGUAAAAAAAAAAAAAAAAGGUACUGCAUUGCCAUUUCUAUCGGGUUCCAAUUAACACAAUACUGUUUAUUUUGUAACGUGAUACUUAGGAGGAUGGGGGUUAAUUGCUCUGAACUUAGGAACUACAUGGUAUGCUUUAAGAAGACAAAGGGUUUCAGACUGGAAUGAAUGUACUAAAGAAUUUGUCAUUCAUGAGCAGAUAACCAUUUUUGUCUUUUUUACUUUUAGGAUGUAAAGAUCACAGUUUCCUUACAGAUAACAUGAAAUAGGGACAAUGUCUUGUGUUUAAAGUUGUACAAUAAUCAAGGUGCUACUGUAAUAGAUACAUUAAAUGAUAAUGAACUAUAUUAGAUUCAAAACUAAGCCCUGACAGUAGACUAUUGUUUGUGUGUGGGAGGAAUGUUCCUAACUGCCCCAGAAAAUAUCUCAAAGCUUAAAUGAAAUCUAAAUGCCACAUCACACUGAACUUUGCAUUUUUAUUACUAACUUGGUGCUACCUUUUCAGAUGUUCCAGUCCUUCUCUCCCUACAAGAGAAGGAUGCAACCCUUUCUUUGAAAUCAGUAAUAAUUUUAUUUCAGCACAGAGUGAUUCCAAGUGGCUGUGGUGUUUUGAAAAAUUAGGGUAAUCACAAAACCUGGCUGUGUUGGCCUACUCAGCCAGAAAACUGGAACUGUUCCUGCCCUCUGCCAGCCCUCAAAGCUGUUGGUGCCUGAGUGAGCUGUUGACCUGCAGGCAUGGGCAGGCAGCCUGGGGAUGCUCUGUGGGGUGCACUCCAGGUUUGAUGUGUCUGCAGAGCAGGUCUGUGGUGGGUUAUGUCCUGUGGGAGCCCAGUCUGGCUCACUGAAUCCAUUUGUGCUUGCUGAGCUGAGCAGGAUGGAUUCUUCUGGAUUUGCAAACGGGACUUGAGGCAGGACUUCAGAUCUUUUCCUGUAGAUCUAUCAGCACAUGAAUUCAGACGGGGGGACAUAAACUCUAACGUGUUUAUUCCAGCUUUGUAUGGAAGAACUAAGUGUAAGGAUGGUGCAGCAUCAUUGCAGCCACGGAAUGAUGACUGUUCUGCUGAUACUGUGAAUCUGCUGUUUGUUAAUUUUUGUACAUGAGCUGAGAGCUGUACAGAGAAAUUAUACACA